AUGGCAACGUUCCCUUCGACCCAAGGCGGGGCAAGCCUGCUUUGGAGCUCGUGUUGGCAGCUGUCAGAACAGCGCGAGCUUCGUUCCAAGGCAGGAAAUUCGGGCGCUCCCUUCCGUCGACCAAGCCGCGAUGAAGCGCUGAACCCUGAUGAGAUUCCCGCUCGGCUGGCACACAACAAGGUUCAAUCGCCAGCGAACACCACGCCAGCUGCACAACCCCGCACCGGCAAUCUCGGCUGGAUUGAGCUAGCGGCGGUUGCAUGCUUCUGGAAGCGAACCCUGUUUCAUGCCCGUACCACACACCCCGCAAGAAGCUAUGCAAGCAGUGCCGUCAGACCGGCGAUCGACGUACCCAACUGCCGGUCCCUCGGCACAAUGAGCGAACGAUGUUCGAUGCCUGACUGGGCCAUCAGCAAAAUCCCCCACCUUGGCCUUGGUCGCGAUCGUCUCUCGAUCGAUCUUUGA